AUGCCAAAAACGUUGGCGAAGACUUACGAUAUGAUACUGGCGAGUAUAGAUACGCAAUACCAGAAACAAGCAUACGAGGUGCUUCAGUGGUUGGCCUUUGUUGUGCGACCUCUCCGAUUAGCUGAAAUUGCAGAGACACUGAUUAUCAAGCCUGGUGUCCUAGCUCUGUCUGAGGAAGACAGGCUGUUUUCUGAAUUGGAUAUUCUUACCAUUUGCUCGAGUCUUAUUCGGAUAUCUAACGGUGAAGUGCAGCUUGCACACUACUCUGUUAAAGAGUAUUUGAUGUCUAGUCGGCUCAAAUCAACGGCUUUGUCCUCCUUCCAUAUUGCGGAGCUACCGGCAAAUCAAUACCUGGCUCAUGCAUGCGUAACUUAUCUACUCCUGUUAAAUCAGCCUGAAUGUCUUUCGCUGGAAUCAUUUACAAAGCUCCCCCUUCUCGUCUACGCUGCGACACAUUGGCAAGACCACGCAAAAAAUGCUUUCCAGGCAGGCUACCGGGAAGAGUCAACGAAAAAUUUCCUUAAUGACAUCUUGCGGCUCAUGGAUCAGAGUCAAGGUCCAGCUUAUCUUAACUGGCUCCGGGUCUCCGAUCCGGACGAUUGGAAUCGGCGCGAUCUAUCAAAAAGAGAGCAAGAUGUCCCCAAAAGCCUCUAUUACGCGUCUCUCCUUGGCCUAUACAUUGUCACAGAAGCACUCAUAAACCGAGGAGUUGAUGUCAAUGCACGAGGUGGACUCUUUGGCAACGCGCUCCAGGCAGCCGCGUUCAAAAAUCACCACCGAAUUGUCUAUUUACUCUUACAGAACGGCGCUGAGAUUAAGCUCAAUGAGGGCCUUCAUUAUUCGGCCCUGAAUGCAGCCGCCGUGAACGGAGGUGAAGCUAGCUUCCGUAUUCUGUUGGAUUUAGGCUUCGCAGGAAGAUGCAAUGACUCUAAGAUUGUUGGCAGUAGCCUGGUUGCGGCGGCCGCCUCGGGGAAAGUGGAAAUUGUGACGUUACUUUUGGACCAUGGCGCAGACGUCAAUUUCCGAGGAAAUGAUUCAGUGGCCCUCAACAGUAUCCUUGCUGGCAGUUCAAUAGCUGCUGCCUCAUUUCAAGGCCACAAGGAUGUUGUACAGCUAUUGAUAGCUUGGGGGGCGGACGUCAAUGCGAAGGGGGGCCGCUACGGUAAUCCAUUGCAAACUGCAUCACGGGCAGGUUUCGAUUCCAUUGUGGAGCUUUUGAUGGAUUAUGGUGCUGAUGUUAACGCCCAAGGGGGCGUUUAUAAAACAGCGCUACAAGCUGCCUCGGCCGGCGGCCAUCAAAGCACAGUCAGACUGCUCCUGGAGAAAGGAGCGAAUGACACGCGCUAG